ACUGUAGUACUCACGGCAAGGGGGCAAAGGUGCUGCGCCUUUCAUUAGCCCGCGGAGUCGAGAGUGAGUCCAGCUAAAUGCUGUGUUUGUUAGUAUCGUGUUUUUUUUUUUGUUUGAGUUUCCUAAAUUUUGAGUCACGGAUAUAAAAGGGCCUAACUUAUUUGCUUAUAAAGUUUGGCUCACAUUUUACCAGCGCUACGUGGACCUAUUACAUAAAAAAAAAUAUCUAGAUCUACCUAUAAAAAGAAAGUCUAGCGUACCCCUUUCAACUGACAGUAUGGCUCUUUAAAGAUUCAUGUAGACUACUACCCUACCUCACUGAGUUACUAUCAGCAUUUUCACAAGGUUCAGGAGCCAUUGAGACGCCUGCAGUAAAUGUCGUUUCUAUCAUAAUGUGACUACAAGAAAUCCAGAUCUAUCAGACUGUUCUUGAAAUAAAUUUCUCUGUAGAAAUUUUAGGAUGUACAUUCCAUUUCCAAUAAUGUCAUCAGAAAUUUUGAAUUGGAAGAAGUCGUGGCUGCUAGUGCUACCCCUGAUCCACCAAGUCCUCACAUUGCCUUUCACCGAUACUGUCUCCCACGCUCCUGAAACUACGACCAGGACUCAAUGUCUCAGCUUGGAGUCCAGCAGGUGCACCAAAUUCUACAGCUCGUUUCUGGCACCGAACGUAUACGGAGACUUGACUUUCCAGGAUGCAUCUCAAAGACUGGAGAGCGUCUUGGUCGGCUACGCCCACCUCCCAGACACGCUGCUCGUGUUUCUCUGCUCGCUGUACAUGCCGCCAUGCCUGGACAAUGUCAAAUUGCCCACCUUUGGCAGCAAAGCUGCUUUCAGAACGCCCUUGCCUUGCAUGACGAUGUGCGAGCUGGCCGAAAAAGAAGUAAGAGAUUUGCGCAUUGGUGCAGAUGUUGAAAAUACCUGGCCAAUCAGCUGCUCAACAUUACCAACGGACUAUUGUCUAAAUCUGGCAGGGCCCACAACUGUUGCCUACGUGAAAUCGUCCAUUAACGUCAAACACUUCCGGUCUUCUGUCAAUGACAUCGUCAGUUUCGCGCCUUUGGAAGUGGAACUGGGCAAUGAGAACGACUAUGAGCUAGAGGUCGUGACGUUGAGUGACGCAAAAAUUCCAUCCAGACGAUACGACAUUGCAGAUCUCGGGGACCCGGACUACUUCCAGGGCUGGGCAGACGUUCAAGGCAUCGGGGCUGCCAAUGAUUACUGCAGAGUGGUUGGCAAGGCAAAACGUCGCUUUCUUUCUUGUAACUUGGCCGGCAGCAGAGACCAGGGUCAUCACUACGUGUCUAAGCUUGGCUUUCAGGCUGGACACCCGAACACGUGGUUCAUGAGAGACAUGGAUGGAGAUGGACGGGAUGAUUAUUGCAGGUGUUUGCUGUUUCAAGGCAGUUCCAAGACCACAUGUAUGAAAUCUGGGGAGCGCGGGUUUUAUGGCAGCACUACUCAGGGAGGAAAUCAGCAUACAUUUUCACUUCCGGGCUCUGACGGAUGUCACACAAGGCGAAUCAACCACGUGUUCGGAGAGUGAGACCAAAAUAUGGCAGCCAUGUUACUUCAAAAAAAAUGUUGGUUUAUUUUAUUGUGAAUAUUACAAUCGGGUGUUAUUAUGUAAAUGUUACAUUCUCAAUAAGCAAAGAUGAUAUAAAUAUAUACUCAAUUAAA